UUUGUUUUUUUUCUGAGCGCCAAACUCAUUUCCUAUCAUCAUCGGAACUGUUCAAAGCAGGGCUGACAAAAACAAAGACCCACUCGAGCUCAACGCCGCCAUAUGACGUAACUAUCCGACCAAAAUAAUGCACAAGAAUUUGUCCAGCUCCGCCGUCUGCAACGAGAGGGAAUAUUUUAGCAACGGUUUGAAACCACAGCGAGUCUGAUUGGUUAUUCAUGUGUUUAUGUGAUUGUCAAAUGAUACACAUAGUGACCGGUGGAUCCCAAACAUUCAUCUUGUUAAAUUUGAAUAAAUUGUAGCUUGUUUGACAGCUUAUUGUGCGUGAUUACAGACAGCUUGUUAUUGAAAACCAGAAUGCACGAAUCGUUGUUGAACGGCCACGGACCGAACGACAAUUCGCAUUCCGGCUAUCUAAAGGUGGAAGAAGGCAAGAAUAACUGGGUUGAGUAUUGGGUUGCCAUUCGCGACAAUCGUAUUUUGUUGUACUCCGACGAGUGUUCCGAGGAAAGCGGUGAAGAAGCUAUGAAAAGCAUCGAACUUUCAAGCGAGACACGUUGUGAACUGCUUCAACGAAGAAACUAUCAUUUUCGAUUCAAGUUAGUCGUGGGAGGAAACUCUCUGUACAAGCUCAAAUGCUCGUCUGCCUUUCAUCGACAACAAUGGAUUUCACAAAUCAUGUUGGCGUCUUCGAAAGACCGUGUUGUGGAGUUGAACGUCCCAAGAGAAAGCAACCGCACUCGUACGCUGUCUUCUGAAUCACAGCUCAGCUCAGACGCCGAAAGCCUGCAUGAGUCGGAGCUCGAAUCGAGUGGUGCUUUCUCCGACGGAGGAACGUCCGUCGGCCGUCUUAACACGCCAGAUUUAGAAACAGAGAGCUCGGCGAAGCCGAUCGACCGUCGCGAGGCUAAAGGCCUCCUUCGCAGGCUGUCUUUCAAAGCGAGUAACAGACUACGAAGGAACAGCAACUCAUCUCCACGUGGAGAACUGAGCGACACUGGAUCGCCUUCACCUCUCAGUCCUGCCAUGCGACAAGUUGGUAGUCCGAAGACAGAGAGUCCCGUUUCUUCUCCCAAAGUGGAUAAGGGAAUUGUAGACUUCAAUAAAGUGUUUGUGAACCCAGCUUUUGUGCCCAGUCCUUCAUCAAGCCCAGCAAUAACAAGAAAAACGGACAUUCUUCAGGAAGUAGACUUGAUAGAUAUAUCGUGAAUUUCGACCGAAUGACAUCGUAAUAUGCGGGUUUUUUCGACAAUACCGCCUGUGACUGCAGACAAUCUUCCAAUAAAUACAUGGAUUGUUUCAAAAGAAACGGGGAGGGAACAGAAAAGAUUUCCGGUCCUAUGUAAAUUCGACAUCAUUGAAAGGGUUACACAACAUUUUCCUGUCAUUAUAAAUCGACCUUACAUAAGCAGAUCCCCGUUUUUGUUUUCAAUAUCAAAAUGUAAAUAGAUAUUUAUUAAUAAAUCAAU